AUGUCAUUAUAUCGUCGACGCAUAUGCAUUUAUUGUAGUGCUACAAUUUUAUUUGUAAUUAUUCAAUUGUCAGUUUACUUAUUUUAUUCGUCCGCGCCUGAUUGCCGGAAUAAACUAGAAAUAUCAAUACCGGAGAAUUUAAGCGACAAAGCAAGUAUAUUUAAAAUAAAUACACGAGUUUUAUGUUGGAUUCCAACAACACUUAAACGACUUGAUCGAGCAGUUGUUGUAUAUGACACAUGGGCUAAACGAUGUGAUCAGUCAAUUUUUGUCAUCGGUGGUUCGCGUCCAUCGCCUGUUCCCGAUGCUUCAAAAUAUCCAUUUCCGAUCGCUUAUCUUGAUAAUGAAAAGAUCGAAGAAUAUAAACUUCUAUCUGAAAAAGUUUUACUGUCAUUACUCCACAUAUACAAUAACUAUGUCAAGGAUUAUGAUUGGUUUUUUAAAGGUGAUGACGACACGUUUGUUAUUGUUGAAAAUCUUCGCCAUUUUCUUCGACGUCAUCCAUCGAAUGCAUCAUUUUAUUAUGGUUAUACAGCCAAAACUCCAGAUCGUUUCUAUACGUCAGGUGGUGCUGGUUAUGUUCUAAGUCAAACGGCAUUACUUCACUUUGGCGAAGAAAUUUUAACGAAACCUGAAAAACGUAAAUUGUGCGAUAAAGAUCACGCUGAAGAUGUGAAUAUUGCUUACUGUCUAGCAAAAAUUGGUAUUUUUCCUAUGAAUGCACGUGAUUAUCAGUUACGCGAAAAGUUUCAUCCGAUGACAUUUCAAGAACACUUCAUGGGAAAUUUUACACAAUGGAUUGAAAAAAAUGCACAGUUCGCCCAGAAACCGGGCGAAGAAUGUUGUUCACCGUGGACUAUAUCAUUUCAUAGUAUGAACCCAGACGAAAUGAAGAUGAUGCAUUUUUUACUGUAUCAUAUACAAAAAGCAUCUGUUUGA